AUGGGUGAGGGGUUUUGGAAGGCGGUUUUGGUGAAGUUUCUUGAGCUAAUGGACCAAGGCCCGUAUCUAGAUGUCGACUCGGUGUCAUCUAAGUGGCGAAAAAUGAGCGGGUUCGUCAAUAAGUUUUGCGAAGAAUAUAAUAAAGUAUGUGGAAGUGGGCGUCGUAGCGGGAUGAGCGACGAUUAUGUGUUCAAAAAGGCGUUGGAUCUUUACAAGUCGAGCAAUAAUACCACGUUUGGACACAUUCGGGCAUGGGAAAUUAUGCGAACACACCCAAAAUGGGCGCCGAUCCCGAACGAGGUGGAGAUGGCGAAGCGGCAAAGGACAUCGGAAUCCGGUAGUUUUAGCACUGGCGGCUCGGACGCGAGAUGUCACAUAAACUUAAACGAUGACACCGAGUUCGACGAAGAAGAAUACGUUGUACAUGAAGCGGAGCGUCCCCCGGGCCGGGACAAAUCAAAGAAGGAGCGGGCGAAGGAGAAAGAAAAGCAAAAGGUAGACUCGAAGAUGGACGAGUUUAUGACCCAAUUUAAAACGUACACCAAGGUCACGGCCCAAAAAGGCGAGAACGAAGGAGCGGGCCAUCGAAGAAAAGUUACGCGUGGCGGGAGAAAAGAUUCAAUUGUCCGAUGA